AUGGCUACAGAAGCAGGAUCAAUCUACAUUGAUGCCAUUCAAGUGGCAGUGCUGACGAAUGAGAUUGAUGGUCACAAAUUGGUGAAUGAAGAGAUGCGAGGUUUGGAAAAUGAGGUCAAGCUAAUCCAAGACCCAUGGUACGCCCAGCGAAGUGCUCUGGACAUGGCGAAAGAUCUUGCCAUGAGUGAUAAUGUAGCUGUGGACGCCGCUGAUUCUGCACUAGCCGCCCGUAUCGCUGAGCUCCGGUCAACCUUGACGGAGUACGAGAUGGAGGUACUUCGUGCUCUUGGCAAGGACUGCGGCGAAAUCAUCGGAGAAGUUGCUCGUACCGUUCGCCCCACAAUGACGGAGUGGGAAAUUGCAAGCCGAUUGUCUGCCAAGAUGUGGGACCGUGGAAUCACGCCCGUAGUGGUGCUUGUUGCAGCGGACGAGCGCGUUGACAAUAUUCGCCAUCCUCUGCCGACGAAGAAGCGCGUGAAGAACAAAGCGAUGCUUGUGAUCUGUGGUCAGCGUGCAGGACUAAUCGUUUCAACUACCCGUCUAGUGUAUAAUAUCACGACGGCGCCGACUGCUACGAUCCCGGACGAUCUAUUACGCCGGCACGAAGCUACCACAUACGUGGAUGCCGUUCUAAUGGCAACACCCGUAUUGCUGGAACAAAGGCCGACGAUAUGCUCAAGAUUGCACAAGCUGCUUACGCUGAAAGGGGCUACGAUGGCGAAUGGAAAUUUCGCCACCAAGGCGGUUGUGCUGCCUAAGAGCCGUGAGUGGGUAGCAAACCCGUCUGUCCACCGAGUGACAGGCUUAAACCAGGCAUACGACUGGAAUCCACCGGUUGCAGGUACCAAGUCCGAAGAUACGGUACUCUGCUACGCCGACUCCCAAGGUGCACCAGUUGUGGAAGUCAUCACGCCGUCCAUGUUGGUCAGUCAUUGA